AUGUUAUAUUCCUGUAACAUACUAACGCUGCUGCAUCUCUCUCUUCUUUCUAUCACGUGUUUACAGGUGAGCAACAUGUUUAUCAUGUCUCUGGCCAUCGCUGACCUCACCGUAGGUCUGUUCGUCAUGCCCAUCAGCACAGCUUACAUCCUCACCGGAGAGUGGAUCUUCGAACUAGUCAUCUGCAAGAUCUGGCUCUCGCUCGACUACACCGCCAGCACCGCCUCCAUCCUCAACCUCUUCAUCCUCAGUUUGGAUCGCUACUGGAGUAUUACGUCUCCGUUGAAAUAUUUAAAAAAGCGGACGAAAAAACGCGCGCUCAUCAUGAUCUCUAUCGUCUGGUUGUCAAGCGCUCUCUGGAUUGUUCCGAUACUCAGUUGGCAGCAUCUGACGAACGGAGGUGUGCGCCGGAUACCUCCGAACGUCUGCGAUACGGAGUUCACGCACGACCGCGUCUUCAAGGUGACGACGUCCAUCUUUAACUUCUACCUGCCGCUGACGAUGAUGAUCUCGCUCUACGGGAAGAUCUUCCACGAGAUCCGGCAGCGGUCGAAGUUCGACAUCGGCAUCCGCAACACGGGAGGCGGAAACGGGAAGACGGACGGAGCGUCGGACUCGUUCGGCGAUUACGAGAAACGCUUGAGCGCGUCACCGAAGCUGACGCUGCAGCGCUUCGACAGCGUCAGGGUGAGCGUCGAGUACGUGUACGACAGCAGUGACGAGGAACACGCCGCGCAUGUGCGAAGCCCCCUCAUGGCGAAGCAGAACGCUGCUGCGCAUGCGCGUCGCCAGCAGCUGCAGCAGCGCGUCGCCGAGACGUCGCUGACGGUGCACGGCGACGGUGGCUCCGCCACGGGCGGCGGCAAGCAGCACACGAACAACUGUUCAUCUAUGUUGAACAAUGCCGUAGAGAAUCCUCUCUACAGCAAAUCUCGGCAGCUGACGCGACAACGCUCCGACCAGAAGCCGACGCGCGCCGUCACGCCUCCCGACAACCACGCGACGGAUAUCCGCCGAACUAUCUCUAACAAAAGCAGCAGCGCGAAGAGCAACUCGAAGGCAGGCGGCAGCGGCGGCAGCACCGUCGGCAACAAACUAUCGUCGAAGUUCAUCAAAUCGUCGCGAAUUCCACGCAUUCCUUUUGGCCUGAAGAAGAAGGUGAAGAAGUCUCCGAACAGCACUCUGAGAAGAGAGAAGAAAGCUGCCAAGCAGCUCGGUGUCAUCAUGGGUGCCUUCGUGCUUUGCUGGAUGCUAUACUUCGUCUUCUUCAUGAUCGUAGCCUUCUGCGACGACUGCAUCAGCAGCGACCUCUACAUGGCGUCGAUCUGGUUAGGUUACUUCAACAGCACACUCAACCCUUUCCUCUAUCCGCUCUGCAACACAAACUUUAAGCGCGCUUUUAAGAAGAUGUUGAGAUGCAAGGAUGCGAGUAAGGACGUGGCAACGUACUCGCGCGCGUGUGAUCUAAGCCAGGGCUACACAGGAAGGAUAACUCGGUGACACGUUAACACACACCCGGCGUAUACACGGAGUCCG